AUGGCGGCCUGGACUCCAUCUCUCUAUCGUCCACAAUCAUUUUCGUCUUCGCUCUUGUCUCCGUUAUCGCCUCACAGUCCUUUCUCACGCUCUUUGUCUGCUGCUCGCUGUUCCCCCGCACGUCUCCUGCAUCGGCCUUCGCACGUCCAAUCGCCCUCGCGGUCCCCCACCAUCACCAUCGUUUACAAGUCGACAAGGAAAUUUUUCAAGCUGGCUCCCUCCGGCUCACGUCCAUAUUCUCCAGCUACAAGUCGUCUGAGUUUGAUCUCACGGCACCUGGAACAAUACCAGCAGUCUUCCUAUCCUCCCAUUAACACUCCCUAUACAAUUGAGCUGGACUCGUUACCAGCGUCCGCAGACGACAUUCCCUACGUCGCUCCAGCACCACCUGCGCAUCUUCCCAGAACUCCCUCUCAGAUUCAAAAACGACAAUUGUCUACCUCGUCCGCCGCCAAUAUGUCCUCCCAACCUCCUCAUCCUUCCCUCCUCAUCCCGGGGCCAAUUGAGAUUACCGAUGAAGUCUCCCAGGCCAUGAGUCACUAUGCGCAAUCCCACGUUGGACAGCCAUUCGUCAACACCUUUGGCGAGACGCUCACGCUGUUAAGAAAUCUUUUCCAGACCACUAACCCGGCGUCUCAGCCUUUCAUCCUUGCUGGAAGUGGCACACUGGGCUGGGAUCUCGUGGCAGCGAAUCUGGUGGAGCCUGGUGAAGAUGUCUUGGUUCUGCACACUGGCUAUUUCGGAGACUCAUUUGCGGAUUGCCUGGCAACCUACGGCGCAAAGCCAACGCAACUAAAAGCCCCCAUCGGAGAUAGGCCGCAACUUGCUGAAAUUGAGGCAGCAUUAAAGGAGAAGAAAUACAAGGCCCUGACUGUCACGCAUGUCGACACCUCCACCGGAGUGCUUUCUCAGAUUCAACCACUGUCCGACCUCAUCCGACGUGUGUCUCCUGAGACCCUUCUGAUUGUUGACGGUGUCUGCUCCGUGGGAGGGGAAGAGAUCCACUUUGAUAACAUGGCCAUUGAUGUGUGCUUGACAGCAUCCCAAAAAGCCAUCGGUUGCCCUCCUGGCAUGUCGAUAGUGAUGGCCUCGGAGAAGGCCAUGAACGUCUUCAAGUCCCGCAAAUCCCCUCCGGGAAGCUACUAUGCCAGCUUCAAGAACUGGACACCAAUCAUGCAGAACUAUGAGGCCAAGAAGGCCUCAUAUUUUGCAACUCCACCCACCCAGUUAGUCCAAGCCCUCAACACAUCCCUCAAACAGAUCCUCUCACAACCCCUCGAUGCCCGCUUCGCUCAACACCGCAAGGUGAGCGAGUAUGUCAAAUCGAAAAUCACAAGCAUGGGUCUCAAACAGUUGGCCACCGACCCAGCCAAUGCAGCCAACACUAUGACGGCAAUAUAUUUACCCGAAGGGCUGACUCCUCCGGAGAUUCUCCCCAAACUGAUGUCCCGGGGUGUUGUGUUUGCCGGUGGUCUUCAUCGGGAGAUUGCGGCGAGAUACAUUCGUUUUGGACACAUGGGUGUCUCGGCCAUGGAUGAGUCGAGAGGAGAGAUCGACAAGGCGCUCGAGGCGUUGAAGGACGGUUUGGCAGAAGUGGAGAACGCUAAGAGCAAGUGA